UCCCAACGUGCUCGAUCGUCGCACGUGGAAUUCGCGCCCUCUAGCCUCCUCUUACGCGUCGCGCACACGGUGCCCGUAAGCACAUUCGCUGCAAUGGCAGAGGAAGCAAGCUCCCCCACUGCUACCAGCGUGGUGAAGCCCACCGAAGAACCCUCGCGCUCAGUCGAGCCCACCGAAAGUGCUGCUGACGCCGACGCGAAACCGACGAGUGACGGUGACGUAGCACCUACAGAUGCCCCAGUCGAGAAGCAAGCUUCGGAAACGGCUGCUGCCGUUGACGACCAAGCUGAGAAGGACCAGUUGAGCGCAGAACCGGCACAAAAUGGCGAAGAUGCUACAGCUACCGCCGACGCAUCUUCUGCAACAAACGCCACACCCGCCUCUUCCAAGAAGGCAAACAAUACCCGUCGUAAAUCUUCCAGCGGAGUUCCCGAGCACAAGACCAAGAAGACCCCAAGCAAGAAGAAGAAGCAGCUAGAGCUGCACCUGGAUACCAAGCCUGGAGACAUGUGGCUGGUGGCAAUGCGCGGGUAUCAGCCAUGGCCUGUCAUUAUCUGCGAUGAGGAUAUGCUGCCAGAGACACUGUUGGCGAAGCGUCCUGUGAGUGCCAUUCGCGUCGACGGCACAUAUCGUGAGGAUUAUCUGGAGGGUGGUAAAAAUGCGAAAGAUCGCCGAUAUCCUGUUAUGUUUCUAGGCACCAAUGAGUUUGCUUGGCAAGUCAAUACAGAUCUGCUACCCUUCGAUAUCGAAGAGAUCAAAAAGGAUGUCGAAAACGGUCUGCCUGGCAAGAAGAACAAGGUUCUUACCGCUGCUUACGAGGAGGCUGUGGAAGGUCAUGAUCUGGAUUAUUACAAGGAGAUGCUCCAGAAUCAUGAGCAGGCCAUGAUCGACGACGCCGAAGCCAAAGCUGCGAAAGAAGAGGAGAAGUUGGCCAAGAAGGAGAAGUCGAAAUCGCGGAAGAGCACUGCAAUUGUGGAUUCCGACGAUGUCGAAAUGGAUGACGUUGACGACGCUCCUACCAGCAGCAAAAAGAAGGGCACCAAGCGGAAGAAGGGAGAUGAAAGUGACGGCGAGCCAGAAAAGGCGGCAAAGACUCCCAAGACAAAGCUCAAACUCAACAACAAGCCACCCAAGGAGGCAUCUGCUGCGAAGGCGAAGAAGGAAGCAAAGCCCAAGAAGGUCCAGGCGAGCCAGACCCCUAAGGCUGCACCUGUGGAGGAGGCGCCUAUGACUGAAGAGGAGCGACUGCAGAAACGCGAGAAGUCCGUUCUAUACUUGCGUCACCGAUUGCAGAAGGGUUUCUUGUCUCGUGACCAAGCCCCCCAGGAUGGUGACAUGCCUAGCAUGGCGGGACAUCUCACCCAGCUGGAGGAGCUUGAUGAUCUCGAAGCAGAGAUUAUUAAGAAGACGAAAGUUCACAAAGUCCUAAGAGCGAUUCUCAAGCUGAACACGAUCCCAAAGGAAGAUGAGUUCAACUUCAAGACUCGUUCUAGCAAUCUUCUCAACAAAUGGAGCGGUGCACUAGCAGCAGAGACUGAAGCCCCAGCGGAAACACCGGCAGCUGCUCCGGCUCCUACAACCAACGGUGUGAAGCAUGAGGAAGAGACCAAGAAAGAUUCUCCCGUGCUUGAGAAGAGUGUCGAACCCACUCCCGAGGAGUCUAAACCUGCUGGCGGCGAUGUUGAGAUGACAGAUGCUCCAGAGCAGCCUCAAGAGAAAGAAGAUGCGCCCAAGGCCGAGGCUGACUCCACCGUCACCAGCACCGUGGAAGCUCCCGCAGUCGAAGCGGCCUAG